AAUUCUAAGACGCUACAUACUUGUCCGAUAAUGAAAAAAUCCCCUAUAGUGCACAUAUAGAUAUGGUUUUGAAAUUCGGCAAUUGUACUCGUUUACCCAUUCAUUGAUUGCGGUUUCUGCUAGAUUCCGUGUGUGAAAUUUACAAAUUGGUGUGAACUUGAUAUCUAAUCGAUCGAUUUGCCCAUUUAUAGUAGCGUUCAAAUAGGUACUAUACAAUGGCCUGCGGCUCAUUAGUUUAUAACCGGUUUAGCUGUGCGUACAACAGCUGUGCGAAAUGUGGCCCGCUUGGCUCGUUCCGUUGGCUCUGUUGAGCAAUGGAACACUUCCGGUGGGGAAGUUUAAUCCUUCAAGUGGAAACAGUCGUCAGAGGCUGGCGAAAUGUGGACCACAGUAUUGACGAAGUGCUGCUGCUGAAUCGCCACUUUGUGGACUUUCUUGCGGGCAUCGACGACCAAGCAGCGGAAGAAUCGGCCGAACCACAAUGUGCGAAGAUAAUGCGGCAACUAGCCGUGGCCUAUCUGGACAGGGAGCGGCUUGGAUUGGGAAUGGUUUGAUUAUGGGGAAGAUUCCUUCGGGGAUGUACCAUCAGAAUGGAUAUGCACUGGGCAACGUCGAUCAGUGUCGGGAUAUCGCUGAAAUACGGAUGCAGCAUUGUACUUUCAUUGGAGCGUUUACAAGUGAUCUAGACCUGUUGAUAUCCGGACUGUGUGUUCCACAAUCGUGCGGCCCAGAUUUUGUGCAGAAGUUGUACGGAGCCUUUUUGAGCACACAGAGUGUCGCGUUGGUGCCGAUGGUGAAGCAGGAACUAUUGUGUAUCAGAGAUGAGGAAAUUCAGUAUGAUGGAGCGUUUAUUACUGCAAUUGUAAUUUGCUCCGUAAUCGGCCUUUGUGUAGUCGGCAGUACGCUGUAUGAAUUUAUUGCAGAGGCAUACAGCGCGACAUCAUACAUUGUACAGUUCGUUUUCCUUGCUGGGAAACAUUCGGAGUAUUUUGCAUCUGGUCCCACGAACUAAGAGUUCUGGCAUGAUCGAGUGUGCACAUGGCAUCCGGGCCUUGUCCAUGAUCUGGAUUAUUGUAGUGCACAUUCAUGAAUUCCUGCUAGUUGUUAUAU